AUGCUGGGAGAUUACAAGUUAGCAUUGAAGGCAGAACAAAAAGCUCUUGAAAUCCGAGAAAAAAGAGGUGGUGAAGAAGAUUUCUCUGACACAUCUAUUAAUCAUGUCAACAUUGCGAUUAUACAACAUAGAAUGGGAGAAUAUAAGUCUGCAUUAAAUUCAGGAAAUAAAGCUCUUGUUAUUAGAUUAAAAAAUGAAAAAGAUGAUCCCAUCACAGCUGAUAUUUAUAACUUCAUUGGAAUCGUACAAAGAGAUAUGGAAGAUUAUAAGUCGGCAUCAGUGUCCGAAGAAAAAGCUCUCGAAAUCAGAUUAAAACAUGAAGACGAUUCCGACACAGCUUUCAGCUAUCACAUGAUUGGGGAGACAAAACGUGAAAUGGGAGAGUACAGCCUCGCAUUACAGUCGGAUAAAAAAGCUCUUGAAAUUCGAUUAAAACUAUAUGGAGAAUAUCACUCUUGCAUAGCUGACAGUUAUAGCCGCAUUGCAAUCACACAGCUUGCGAUGGGAGAUUACAGGUCUGCAAUAGAUUCGAAGAAAAAAGACCUCGAGAUCAGAUUGAAGCUACCUGGGAAAGAUGAUUCUGAUGACAUAGAUGAGAUUUAUGCGAGGCUUUUGAGCCUGGAAGAUGAGAUAGAAGAUUUCAAAUUAGAAUUGGUCGCGAAAGUUCUUCAAGAAAUACUUGAAGAAGAUCACUCUGAUACGACUGAAGCGUUUCUGAAACACUGGAAUUACACAACACGAGAUAGAGGAACUACACCCAGCAUUAUAGGUUAUUGA